UUCGGCGAGAGGACAACUAGAGAUUUAAGGUCCGCCCCGAAAAUCCGGGACACCUAAAAUUGCGCGCCUCCCCCUUCGACCGCUUUACACGUUUACAAAAUUCCUCUCCGAUCUCAGCCCCCACUUCCCUUCCACCCCUCAGCCCCCCGCUCGCUCUCCGCCCAGCCCCGGUUAUAUUGGGCUGCCCGACUGAGAAGGCUCCUUGGAGUGCUGCACCCCACCCCCGCUCCAGCUCCUGAUCCCCACUCCACACUCAGACGCCGACACGCACCCGGGCACAUUUUCUCCGUAAAAUUCUUUUCUGAAUCUGUGUAUAAAAAAAAGAUUUUCCGGAGGAGAUGCGCCUGCCGCCGGUGUCUGCCUUACUGAACCUCGCAGUCCUCUGUGUGUUUUGCAGCACGGGGCCCCUGGAAGAUGUAGUGAUCGACAGGUAUUACAUCCCUCCGGUGUGCCCCCGAGAGGUGACGCUAGGGGACCACGUACGAUACCACUACAAUGGCACUUUCGAGGACGGGAAAAAGUUCGACUCUAGCCAUGACCGGGGAUAUCCUUUUAGUGGACUGGUAGGCAUUGGACGAUUGAUUACUGGCAUGGACCGUGGCCUUCAGGGCAUGUGUGUGAAUGAGCGGAGGAAAAUCAUUGUGCCACCCCACCUAGCAUACGGCAGCCUGGGAGCAGGUAGUGUGAUUCCACCGGAUGCCACUCUGUACUUUGAUGUCCACAUGCUGGAUAUUUGGAAUAUCGAGGACAAGGUCCAGAUUCAUACGCUGUACAAGCCAGCAGAAUGUAAUCGCACAGUCGAAUCAUCUGACUUUGUCCGCUAUCACUACAACGGAACACUGCUGGAUGGCACCGAGUUUGACUCAAGCCACAGCAGGGGCCACACAUACGACACCUAUAUUGGACAAGACUGGAUCAUCAAGGGCAUGGAUGAGGGUCUCAUUGGCAUGUGUGUUGGGGAGAGGAGGAGCAUCAUCAUGCCGCCUUUUCUUGCCUAUGGCGAGCAGGGCUUCGGUACCAAGAUACCCCCUAAUGCCAGCCUGAUGUUUGAUGUACUGCUGGUGGAUCUUCACAACCCAAAGGAUGACAUUACCAUUGACUCAAAGAAAUCUCUAGAAUCUUGCAUACGCCAGUCUGUGGCGGGUGACUACAUGAGAUACCACUACAAUGCCACCCUGCUGGAUGGAACACCCUUCGAUUCCAGCUACUCCCGAAACCAGACGUACAACACUUACAUCGGGAUGGGCUACGUAAUUGCUGGCAUGGACAAGGCCCUACAGGGCCUUUGCAUUGGUGAUAGGAUGCGGGUUACUGUUCCUCCUCAUAUGGCCUAUGGUGAGAAUGGAGUGGACAACAUCAUUCCAGGCUCAGCCGUACUGGUGUUUGACGUCCAUGUUAUCGACUUCCACAAUCCCAAAGACAAUGUGGAGGUCACCACUACAUUCAAACCAGAGAAUUGCAAUGACACCACACAAACAGAUGACCUUGUCAGGUACCACUACAACUGCUCCAUGCUGGACGGCACGCAGCUGUUCUCCUCGCAUGACUACAAAAACCCCCAAGAAAUCAUCCUGGGAGCCAGCAAAGUUAUUGAUGGUCUGGACACUGCUCUGCAUGGCAUGUGUGCUGGUGAACGUAGGGUGGCCAUUGUCCCUCCCCAUCUUGGACAUGGAGAAAAUGGAGCACGUGGUGUCCCUGGUAGUGCCGUCCUGCGCUUUGAGCUUGAGUUGCUGGAUUUUAAGAAGGGAGUCCCAAAUGGCUAUCUGUUUGUGUGGCUGAGUGACACCCCCGAAAAUCUGUUUGAAGCGAUGGACCUGGACAAGAAUGGUGAGGUGCCUCUUGAAGAGUUCUCCACAUUUAUCAAGAAUCAGGUGGAUAAUGGGAUAGGCAGACUGAAGCCAGGAGAGGAUGCAGAAGCCAUCAUUACAGACAUGUUUGUAAACCAGGACCGUGACAAAGAUGGACGUAUCGUCGCAGAAGAACUUAAGCUGAAGACUGAUGAGGAUGCAGAAAAAGUGAGGCACGAGGAGCUGUAAACAUCAAGAAAAUGGAGACAAGGAGCUGGCGAGUUGCACACAAGUGAGUGCCGGGUGAAAACAGGGUGCUGUGCCAAAAUCAGGAGAAACAGCAAUGCACUCCAGAGAGGUUCAGGUAAAAUAAAUGAUAAAUAAAUAAAUAAAUACCUGCUUCUUUCCAAUGAAUGAAUUUUGCACUUGGUUUGACUGGGUAGCUCCUUUAAGAACAUGUUCUGUGGUUACAGGCAUCACAUUUUUUCAAGCAGUAAAUCAGAAAGACCUUUCCUUAUUUUAUAACAGACUUCAGAUAUGUGCACACUUGGAAAUUACCGUUAUGAGGAUUCUACUUUUUUUUCCAGGUUGAGCUUUUUACCAAAAUUAUAACUGGCCUACGGGUAUUAAAGUAAAUGGUGGUGGUGGGCAGGAGGGAUGGGGGCAACGGUAGUUAGAGGGGAUCAGGGAACGACUUCUCAUAGCACUGUUCACUGUUGUAAUGGUUUUUUUUUUUCAAUAGAGGAGUGGAUUGUGUAUUUCAUGUACCGUUAUAAUAAACGUACAGCCCUCUUCUGCCAAAACAUACCAACGAGGCAAGCAGUC